GUAGAGGAGAAGGCUCAAACCAGAAAAGAGAAACAGUACUAAGUGCAGCUGUCGCAUUAAUCCUAUUUGCCAAGAAGAGUGAGAUUUAUCCUCACACACAAAACAAGUUGCAGAGCGAAUCACACACGUCUAAAAAGCCGUUUGUGCACGAGCUCCUUUUGUGCCAUUUGUCCCUUCCUACGCCACACACAGGACAGCAAAAAGAAGCUGUCUGUUUUCUUUCUGUGUGUGCCACUUGCUGCCUUGUUGCGCUUGCGCUCUUGCAGUUAGCUGGACUUGAGGAACCGAGACGUCAUCUGGCCCUGGGCUUCGAUCGAUUAACACACACAAAGCACGCACAUACACAGCGCUGUCAGUAGAUAACUCUGCCACGACAUAUUGAAAAACGGCACCGUGGCGACGACAACAGAGACCGAGUCCGAACACGAGACGGGAGUGGGCUAACUACUGCACACACAGGCAUCGCAGAAUCUAGUCGAAAUCUUUUUAAGAACGGAGGAAACCAGCGGAACCAAACAGAUGACAGCAGAGGGCAUGCGUGCCAAACGACGAACCACCUACCAAAACAUGCACGAGAUCGUCAAGUUGGCCAAGAAAUACUCGCCCAAGCUAGUGAAGGGCUACAGCGCAGGAAACAUUUCUGUCGUGGAUAAAAAAAGCUGGCUGGAAGUAUGCGACCGUAAGCACCGAUAUGGAGCAAACUUGCGAGCAUAUUAUAAGGAGUGGAAGCGUCAGCCAAUGGAGCCCACAAAGCCGAGCUUCUGGGAGUGGCUGGACGACGAAUCUAUUGAAGUCGCUGGUGUACCGAGAACGAAACUAGAACGCGAGACUGUGCUGUACUGUGACACGGCGGCUGAACGUCAGAAGUUUGCGCUCUCGGUCCAGAACGGUCAGAUUGUACAUGAUGUCUCGCAAGAGAUCGUGGAAACUGGACCCGAUGGAUGGAUAUUUGUUUUACGCGAUGGUGUUCUUUACGGCUCCCAGAAGGAGACGAAGAAGAUCCCUCGAAUCCACCAUACGAGCUUCGUAGGAGGCGAAUGUGUGCAGACAGCAGGAAUGAUGGUGAUCAGUGACGGGGUCAUUAAAACUAUUUAUCCCCACAGCGGUCACUACCGUCCGUCCGAGUAUGAACUGCUGGUUUUAUUGCGGUUCCUUGUGAACAACGGUGUAGACCUGAGCGAUGUAGAUGUCGACGUGCAGCGAAUCCAGAAAGUGUUCCGCGAUACUGUAAACGGCGCACUUGUGAAGAAACUGGACAACGCGCACUUCUGGAACGCGUACCGUGUAUGGUACUUCUUGGAGGAGAAGCAUCUUGCGUGGAAGAUCGGACUUUUUGACGAACUUGUCGAGACGGUCGGUCAAAAGACGGAUAUGCACGUGGCGUUGGAGCGAUCGGAGAUUUUGGAGGACAGCGUCAUGGACGAGAUGAACGAUGAGACGUCCGAGAUCGCAUUUACAGACGGCGGAUCUCAUUCGCUCUCGCUCUUGCGACCGGCAUACGACGCUCCAACGUUCGCAGAUGCGGCGAAGCAAUUGACCACAUGCGAACUACAGCCGUGAAUCCAGACCGGGAUGAUUUUUUUGCCUUCUUUACGCCAAGAUAUUACUGCCACCACCUCCGCACCUUGGCAGCGGAUACAACACACAUCAAGCAAGUAUAAUGUAAUCUAGAGUGACAGAGACAUGGGAGGGCCUUUCAGGUGUAUUGGUAGCUAGCAUAUUGGUAGCAAGCAGGGAAGACGAAGUCGGAAGCAGCAGCAAAAGUCUUUAUUGGAGCGCAGCACGCAGCAUUCGGCAUCCAGCGUGACUGCACUGGUGCGUUUGAUUUUUAUUUUAUGAAUGAGUUUCAUGGUUAUCCUGUUUU